AUGUGUUGGCAGCGUUUUGCCUGCGAGACUCAUGGCGAGACCGUGAUCAGGGCAUAAAGAACAAAACGUUUCAAGUUACGUACAGUUGGACGUCACCGCGCAGAGCGUCAUUUACAUACAGCGCGGGAAGCGGCUGCAGAAAGACGCUGUGCAGACAGAGAUAGACAGUAGAGAGACAGCAGAUAGAGACAGUAGAGGGAGACACUAUAUAGAGACAGUAGAGAGAGACAGUAGAGAGGAUGAAGGUGUAUUUCUGCGGUAGUAUUCGCGGCGGUAGGGAUGAUGUGCACCUUUACCGGAGGAUCGUUGAGAAGCUGCAGAGUUACGGGAGCGUGCUGACCGAGCACGUGAGCAGCUCCGAGCUCACCGACAGAGGAGAGGACGCCACAGCAGCAAGUGAACGAUUCAUUCAUGACCGAGACGUGGACUGGCUGCGACAGUCUGACGUGGUCGUGGCGGAGGUGACUCAGCCGUCUCUGGGCGUCGGCUACGAACUCGGCCGAGCCGUCGACAUGAAGAAGAAAAUCUUCUGUCUGUUCAGACCUUCGUCAGGACGCAGUCUGUCGGCGAUGAUUCGCGGCGCCGAGGACGGCGAGCUCUUCGUGGUGAAAGAUUACAGCGAAGACGAAGUGGAGAACGUUGUAGAAGAGUUCUUCAACAAACUGAAGAGAACCUGAAGAACAUCAGCUGGUCCAUGUUGGACAGAAUAAUCUCAAUAAAUUAAAUCUGUUUCUCACUU